AGUGCGACAGUAACACAGCUUUGAAUCGCCUGGAAAAACUAAACGUUCACUAGGUAACUUAAUUUCUUAAUUUUCUUUUUAACUCGGCAGUAAUAGUUUUGUGUGAUUUCAUCUUUAGAAAACAAAUGGCCUCGGUUGCUCAACACGGUCGACGGAGAGGCUCCAGCAGGAGAGGUAAGAGCUUCAAAACUGCUGAGUUAGUUUACUGUGCAAAGAAAUCAGAAUCUGCCUCCUGUCCUGAUUAUUUCACACAAAAACUAAAGCUAAACAUUAAAAAAGCACAAAUAGACCUUUGAUAUGUUAGUAGCUAUGACAUAACGUGUUUUGGUGGCAGUAAGGUACAAAAUCUGGAUAUCUGUACUGGUUAUUAUAGACAUGCCCGAGAGCACCUAAAAAACACUUUUGUAAGGCAAGACCAUAAAUAAUAUAACCUUAACUUGUCUUUUAAUGCUGAUAUUAAUUUCAAUAUUUCAACUGAUUAAACCAGGUAUGUCAAAUUCAAGAUAGAAGCACUUAAUAAAUGACUGUUUAAAACUAUUAAUCAAUCCCUUUAUGAAAACUAUAUUAAUAAAGGUUGAAUGUUGGGUCAUGCAGUCUUUGUAAUUUCCUUUUUUAUAGUGGUUUCAGCAGAUGAUGCCAACAAAAUGAUCCAGCCACCAGACCUCCAACAAAUUGCUGUCCUGUCCAAGAGUGAAUGGCGGAGGAUUCAAGAUGAAUUGAACCAGGUCAAUAGAGAGAAAGACAGAAUGAGGGAGGAGGCAAGACAGAGAGAAAAACUCCAUAUGCAGUCUAAGGAGGUGGUGAAAACGUGGUCCAAUACCAUCGCUGUAAGUGUUCCUGGUGUGGGUUUCUGUUAGAAUCAAGAUGUGCCUGUGAAGGUCACUGUGCGGGUUAACAGAGUGUGUGUUGACUUACAUUAAAGGGUCAAAGGCAAAAAAAACUAGAGGCAAAGAAGAUCCGGGAGCAGAUUGAGGAAGAAAAAAGGAAACAGAUUGAUAAAGAAGAGGCUGAAUAUCAGGAGCAGAGGAAGAAAGAGGCCAUUGAGAAAGCCAAGACUCAAAUGUAUUAUCAAACUGACCGAGUUAAAGGAUUACAUGUGAGUACUGUUCAGGAUCUUCAAACCCACAUUUAUGAAUUGGUGACAGUGAUGUAAACCUUAUGGACUUAUUUUACCUGUUUCUGCAGCGUGCCCUUUUGCUGACUGAGGUGCUAAAAGAGAGAGAGGCUCAAAUCGAGUUAAAGCAAAGAAUUCAGAGUGCCUCCAAAGAUGUGGACAAAAAAUUCACUGAUAUUGAGAAGACCAGAGAGGUUGAGGCUUUGAGAAAAGAGAAGGAGAAAGCACUUGAAAAAAACCUCGAAAGACAGACUGUUGUAGAGGACUUGAAAAACCAGUAAGUCUGACAUCAGAAAAAUAAAAACAUGAUUUUAAUAUCGAACAAGAGCUGGAGGAGAUGUGUAGAGAAUUCAUUUUAUUUGGAAAUCUUUCCCACCCUUUAGGAUUAAAGAAAAGAAGCUGUUCAAAGAGCAAGAGAAGCUGGAGGACAAGAAGGAAGGAGAGAAAAUCCAACAGCUUCGGGAGCUUUAUCUGCUGGAACAAAGAAUGGAGGGAGAACAAGAAGAAAAGAAGAGGAAAGACCUGAUGCAAGCUCACCUGGUAGCAUCUGAGCAGCACAGCUUGUUCAUUAAUUGCACGCUUUUUUUCAUAGCACAUGUAUUCACUCUAAAAAGCUCUGUAUUUGCAGGAACAUCUCACAAACAGAGAUCUUAUUAGAGCGGCUGACGUACAAAAACAAGAAGCUGAAGACAAGCAAAGGACCCUGUUUCUUGCUGCGAAACAGAAAAUGAUAAAGCUGCGGAAAGACAGAGAAAAAGAAUUGUUUAAGUAAGGGCAAAGAAAAAAUUAAGACCUCUGUGAUAUGUCUGUGUUUCUAAGAAGUAUAAUAGGACUUAAACACACCUGUGAUGUUUCAGUGAGGCUCAGGAACGCAGAGAGCGAAUUAUGGACAAACUGACUGUCAGAAAGCAGGAGCAAACCACAGAUGAGGAGGAGAGAAUUGCAAAAGCCGUGGCUGAGCAGGAGGCGAAACAAGCCCGACAGCAGCAAGAAGAGAAUGAGAAGAGGACGAAGAUGCUGGAGUCCAUCGCUGCACAUAGAGAGCUCACGGUAACUUCAUAAGGGUCACUUAAGUCAAAACCUGUGGGUUCAAACCUACAGAGUCUUUUCCUUUUGUAAUCUUGCUAUGCCUGAGACUUUUUUUAAUUCUUGAUUUUAACUCAACUGUAACACAAACUACUUCAUUAGAUUAAGGAAAAGGAGCAGAGGGACAAAAUGGAUGAACAGAUCACCCGAGAAAGACUGGAGGCCAAAAAAGAAGCUGACAGAAUAUUUUCUGAGAAACAGCAACUGAAGGCUCAGAAGAUCAGAGAAGAUGAAAGAAAAUUAAAGGACUUUAUUGCAGCACAGAUGGUGAUGAACAAACUGUCUUCACAACAUCAUCAUAGUUAUAAAUACUUUGUCAUACUUGUGACUUUCCUCUCUGAAGAAAAAAACAAAAACAUUUAUCUUUUAUUUUUCAAAUACAGGCUGAAAGAGAAGCUAAAGAUCAGCGGUUGAGAAAAGAAGAGUUCGAGUUUGAGGCAAAGAAGAUGGAGCUCAUCGCUGAAGAGGACCGACAGUUUCAGCAAUAUUCACUGCAAGUCAUUAAUGAAGCAGCAGCGGCUGAGCGAAAUGUGCUGCCUCUGGUUAAGGCUGCAAGAGAAGGGUUUGGAGGAGGUCAUGGUCCUGUGUACGGUGGAGUCAGGCCCAGGUACCUUGUUCAGGACUGCACUGGUGUGCAAAUGCCGAAGUAUGUGUCUGGUGUUACUCAGGACAUCAAAAAGCUUCAUGAGGCCGUAGAUAUUCAAGAUGCAAAGAGGAGACUGGGAUUUACAUGGUGAGAGGACUCUGACAGCUGGUUACUCUUGUUCUUAGAUCGUUUCUUUAAGAUUCUUUGAACUGCGGACGUUACCAUCCUAAACAGGAGCCGUUUCUGAACCUCUCAAUUCAUCACUGUGGUGAAUAAGAAUAAAUUGGAGUUAUGAGCACUAUUGACAUGUCAUUUUAUUGCCUGAUUUCAAACAUGUAUAGAGGAGCAACAUGUUCACAUAUCCCAAAAUAUAAUAAAUAGAAUUAUGAGAUAGUUUAUCAGGGAGCACAAGUCUUGGCCAACCAUGACAUGGACUCCAGAUCAAGCAUUUUCUGCCCUUAAACUUUAGGUUAGCAAUGACUACUGCAGACCAAGGACACUGCAUGAGCUACAGUUUUCCAGAUGUUAUGACCCAGUCGUGCAGUCAUCGCAGUUCAGCCGUUGCCAUAGUUGCUCACCCCUGACCCUUGUCCAUUUUUGCAGCUCCAAUGACACAACGUUUACCUGCUGCUUAACAUAUCCAACUAAGUGACAGGUGCCAUUGUAGUGAGGUAUUCAACAUCAAUGAUUUCUGUUAGUGUUAAUGUUCUGGCUAAUAGAGGAAUAAUCACUCUGCAGAAUUUUUACUCUUUUGUACUCAACUCUAUUGUGAACAG